GAUAUCUGUCACGCAAACCUGACCGGUAGAGACUCGAAUUAGAUUUAGCAAGGGGGAUAAGGGGUAUCGAAAAGAAAGAAAAAAGGCAAAUAAUAGCCAAGAUGGAGUACUUGACAAAAGAGCCCGAGAACCUUAACGCUGUUCAGCGGUUCGGUCGCUGGCUUCGGUUGAAGCAGUACCAGAUCGAGGUCACGUUCGGUGUCUACAUGUUUACGUCGGCCGAGCGAUUUAUAUUUUGGUCUGUCGUGUUCCUCUUGUGCAGUCUAUUGACCAUCGCCGUCGUACUCUACCUCCCCCAGCAUCUCCUCUUCAUUGUCAGCCGCGCCUGGUUCUACGUCAACGGCGGCGACAGUGGGGUUGCAUCCAACGUGGUCGCAGGCAAUAAGGACGCAUUAUCACUAGCAACUUCAUCUAUGGCCAAGACUAUGGCGGCAGCGGCUACCGAGACGGCCGAAUAUAUGAACCGAGAAUUAUGAUAGACACGGACGAUGCCUCGGGCAUAUUUCUCUUGUGCGGACCAGCAGACGACGACGAAUGAUAUAAUAAUGGUAAUCAGUGGUGCUUGUGUAUAUGGUGCAGCCCGGUCUACGAGUGAUGGGAUGAGGCGUUAAUAUGUUUUGAGUGAGGUAAUUUGGCGUUUAAAUCGAUAGAUUUGUAUCAAUGGGCUCGCGGAUGCCUUCCAAGAAGCCCAUUAGGGGGAC